AUGGGAAGCGCUGCCCCUCAAAAGGCAGAAGCAUGCAGAUGUGAUGGGCCAUCCGAAAAAGCCCUCAUCAAUGCACCCUCGAUUGCUGCCUGGUACGAGGUUCGUAAGUCGAACCAAGAUGCGGCUAUCGAUCCUGAAUUCGCGCCCGCGAAUCCCGCGGAUCGGCUAAGCAAUGACAGUCCCCACUCUAGGUUGCAACGGUUCUUCUUCCUCCAAAAACGGACUGAAAAAUGCAAGGUAGGUUGCGGUCUAAAGUUCUGGCCGCUAAGGUGUUCCGCUGGGGCAAGAAAAGCUUACCAUAGUUCGCUUUCCCUCUUUGGUCUCGCGCGCCGAGACGAGUCAGCGAAUCAAAUUCCAGCUUACCGUGCUCAAAAUGAGGCAACCCCGGCGAUCGGGCUUACCAACGCCCUAAGUACUUCUGCUGCUAUUUUCGAAGCGCAGCAUAUGGCCUCGCCAAUUAUGACCGCGCUGGCUCCGAUGGAUUCUUCCCCAGUGCAUACCACAUGA